CGGCGAUGGCGGCGCUGCGCGGGCGGGCGCUGCUGGCCCCGCUCGGAGCKCGGCUGUGGGCCGGGCCCCGCGCCCCGCUCUGCUCCCCCGCCUCCGCCCCGCCGCUCUACGAUGUGGUGGUGUCGGGCGGGGGUAUGGUCGGGACCGCCAUGGCCGCCGUGCUGGGGCAUGACAUCCACUUCCAUGAUAAGAAGAUUGCUUUGCUGGAGGCUGGUCCUAGGAAAGAAUAUGAUCACAUGCCAGACAGUUACAGUAACAGGGUCAGUUCCAUCUCCCCAGGAUCAGCAACCCUCCUAAGCAGUUGUGGUGCCUGGGAUCAUGUCUGCAGCCUGAGAUUCAAACCAUUCCGGCGAAUGCAGGUAUGGGAUGCUUGUUCAGAAGCCAUGAUCGUUUUUGAGAAAGAUGACUUAGAUGACAUGGGUUACAUAGUGGAGAAUGAUGUCAUUAUGUCUGCUCUCACAAAGCAGYUAGAUGCGGUAGCAGAUAGGGUGGAGGUUUUUUACAGGAGCAGAGCAGUUGGGUACACCUGGCCCCUUCCUUCCCACAGUUGUGACACGAGCCCUUGGGUCCAAGUUGAAUUAGCUGAUGGACGCAGACUUCAGACCAAGCUGCUGAUUGGUGCAGAUGGUCAUAACUCUAUGGUCCGGAAGCAAGCUGAAAUUAAGAACAUGGAACAUCAGUAUGACCAGAGUGCUGUGGUGGCAACUCUCCAUUUAUCUGAGGCCACAGACAAUAAUGUAGCAUGGCAGAGGUUCCUUCCCACUGGGCCAAUUGCACUUCUUCCGCUGUCCGACACAGCCAGCUCUCUGGUCUGGUCUACAUCUCAUGACCAUGCGUCGGAACUUCUCGCUAUGGAUGAGGAAAGUUUUGUGGAUAGCAUCAACUCUGCCUUUUGGAGCAACAUAAACCACUCUGACUUCAUUGACACUGCUGGGGCCAUGUUUCGUUCUGCCAUUUCAGUCCUGAAGCCCUCAGGGACUGCAGUCCGUCAGCUGCCUCCAAGCGUUUCUAAAGUGGAUCCAGAGAGCCGAGCCAGGUUCCCUCUUGGAAUGGGGCACGCCACGGAGUAUGUCCAGCACCGCGUGGCUCUGAUCGGGGAUGCAGCACACAGAGUCCACCCACUUGCAGGACAAGGUGUAAAUCUGGGCUUUGGUGAUAUUGCAUGUUUAGCUCAUCACCUCAGUGCAGCAGCCUUCAAUGGGAGCGAUCUGGGCUCCUUAAAGCACCUCCUUAAGUUUGAAACAGAACGCCAGAGGCACAAUGUCUCCUUGAUAGCUGCUACUGAUAUGCUAAAGAGGCUGUACUCCACCACACUGGCUCCUCUGGUGUUGCUGAGGACAUGGGGAUUGCAAGCAACAAAUGCCCUGCCUCCUGUCAAGGAGCAAAUCAUGGCUUUUGCCAGCAAGUGAUCUGUUGUUAGUCUGAAUCAGCAGUUUGCCUGUGAAUACAUUGCCCUUAAAAGGACUGUGACUGAUUUGAACCUUUGCAUUGUUACUUUAAUUUACAAUAAAAUGAAGGGAUUGAGCUGUA